GGGAUUUUUUUGCAGCCGUUCGCCUAGCGUGGCCUUCAGUCCCGUUAGGUGCAAAGCAAGUCUCGUUGAUCGCCAUUGCUAGUUUUGCACACGUUUGCGAAUCAGAGCUGCCCGGGGUACACCGACCGCGCAGGGAAACAUCGAGAGUGUUGAUAGACGUCCAGAUCCCGAGGAAAUCUCCAGCCUAAAUGCUCAAAAUAUAAAACACUGAGCUGAGAAUUGCGAAGAGCAGCAGAAUGGAUGGAUUUUAUGACCAGCAAGUGCCUUACGUGGUCACCAAUAAUCAGCGUGGGAGAAAUUGUAACGAGAAACCAACAAAUGUCAGGAAAAGAAAAUUCAUUAACAGAGAUCUGGCUCAUGAUUCAGAAGAACUCUUUCAAGAUCUAAGUCAAUUACAGGAAACAUGGCUUGCAGAAGCUCAGGUACCUGACAAUGAUGAGCAGUUUGUGCCAGACUAUCAGGCUGAAAGUUUGGCUUUUCAUGGCCUACCACUGAAAAUCAAGAAAGAACCCCACAGCCCAUGUUCAGAACUCAGCUCUGCCUGCAGUCAAGAACAACCCUUUAAAUUCAGCUAUGGAGAAAAGUGCCUGUAUAAUGUCAGCAAAUGUUGUCCUCUUUUUGGUUCCCUGGGUAGUGCCUAUGAUCAGAAGCCACAAGUGGGAAUGAGGCCCUCCAGCCCCCCAACCCCGUCCAGCACUCCAGUGUCCCCACUACAUCAUGCAUCCCCCAACUCAACUCACACGCCGAAACCUGACCGCGCCUUUCCAGCUCACCUCCCCACAUCGCAGUCCAUACAAGACAGCAGCUACCCCAUGGACCACAGAUUUCGCCGCCAGCUUUCUGAACCCUGUAAUUCCUUUCCUCCUUUGCCCACAAUGCCGAGGGAAGGACGUCCUAUGUAUCAACGGCAGAUGUCUGAACCAAACAUCCCCUUUCCACCUCAAGGCUUUAAGCAGGAGUACCAUGACCCAGUGUAUGAACACAACACCAUGGUUGGUGGUGCGGCCAGUCAAAGCUUCCCCACUCCUCUGAUGAUUAAACAAGAACCCAGAGAUUUUGCAUAUGAUUCAGAAGUGCCUAGCUGCCACUCCAUUUAUAUGAGGCAAGAAGGCUUCCUGGCUCACCCCAGCAGAACAGAAGGUUGUAUGUUUGAAAAGGGCCCUAGGCAGUUUUAUGAUGAUACCUGUGUGGUCCCAGAGAAAUUUGAUGGUGACAUCAAACAAGAGCCAGGAAUGUAUCGAGAAGGACCCACAUACCAGCGGCGGGGAUCUCUGCAGCUCUGGCAGUUUUUGGUAGCUCUUCUGGAUGACCCUUCAAAUUCUCAUUUUAUUGCCUGGACUGGGCGAGGCAUGGAAUUUAAACUGAUUGAGCCUGAAGAGGUGGCCCGGCGUUGGGGCAUUCAGAAAAACAGGCCAGCUAUGAACUAUGAUAAACUUAGCCGUUCACUGCGCUAUUAUUAUGAGAAGGGAAUCAUGCAAAAGGUGGCCGGAGAGAGAUAUGUCUACAAAUUUGUGUGUGACCCGGAAGCCCUUUUCUCCAUGGCCUUUCCAGAUAAUCAGCGGCCACUGCUGAAGACGGACAUGGAGCGUCACAUCAAUGAAGAGGACACGGUGCCUCUGUCUCACUUUGACGAGAGCAUGGCCUACAUGCCAGAAGGGGGCUGCUGCAACCCCCACCCCUACAACGAAGGCUACGUGUACUAGCACGGUGACAGUCGAGCAGGACCUUCCCCGCGCUUUCCCUCUUUUUUGCAAGAGGCAGAGAAUCUGAAUUCUCUCCAAUCUCUGUUUUAUUUUUGUUGUUUGUAUUUUAUUUUUAAAUAAUAAUACACAAAAAGGGGCUUUUCCUGUUGCAUUAUUCUAUGGUCUGCCAUGGACUGCGCACUUUAUUUGAGGGUGGGUGGGAAUAAUCGAAACAUUAUUCUGUAUAACAGGAAGAUAAUGGGCGAACGGGGGCGGGGGCGGGGGAACUUGGGGAUUAAUUUUUACUUAGACUUGGGAUGGGAUCCUAAAGGUUUUAAGUAUGAUGAAGCUAUAUCAUGUUUAUUUGAUUUCCUAACAUAAGAAAAUGCUCAUUUUCUCUGGAUAUGUAUGGUACAGUUAAUUCACAUUGUGUAAAUAUCCACUUGGAGACUAUUAGCCGCGGGCAUUUUCCCCUAUCAUUUUUUGAUUCUCUGCAAGGUGUACAAAAACAUCUACUGUAAAUGGCAGUUUAAUUGUUAGAAAUGACUGUUUUGCACCUCAUGUAAAAAGGUAUUUAGAGGCUGCAUUUGCUGUUUUUGUUUUGGUUUGCUUUAUAAAUGACUCACAGAACAUAACCAUAAAAUGGGUAGUUUUUGCUGAAGUUGAGUAAUCAGCAUGAGUAUAGAUGAAGGGCACAAUUUUGGACUCUGGCUCCAAACUGAGUCAUAGGCCAGUAGCAUUACAUGUAUCUGGUGCCACCUUGCUCUUUAGGUACAAAUCAUACUGUCUUAAAAUUUUGAAGCCCAAUUCCGUUUAAUAUUGAUAUGAUCCUUGAUCAUAUGAUAUAUGAUCAUGAUCCUUGGAGAUUUUUGUUUAAAUGUUAAAUCUGGGGUCACAAUGAAGCAAAAAAUAUCUGUCUCCUUUCACUUCCUACAAUACAUGAACCCGUUAUUUAAUCAAUAAGAAUUAACUGUACUAAAUCAUUACCACGCUGUUCUAGAUACAGCAAGCACUCCUUAAGAAAAAUAUCCAAUACACUAAAUAGGUACUAUAGUAAUUUUUAGACAUGGUACCCACUGAUAUGCAUUUAAACCUUUUACUGCUGUGUUAUGUUGAUAACAUAUAUAAAUAUUAGAUAAUGCUAAUGCUUCUGCUGCUGUCUUUUCUGUAAUAUUCUCUUUCAUGCUGAAUUUACUAUGACCAUUUAUAAGCAACGCAAUUAACUACAGAUAGCAUUUCAGGACAAAAUAGAUGACUUGAACCAUUUAUUGCUUAAAAAAUAGCUUACGCCAUGCUAUGCUAUAAGCAGCUUUUAUGCACACUGACAAAUGAAGAGUAAGCUUCAGCUUGCUAAGGGAAACUGUGGAAACUUUUGUAACUUUUGGCAAAAUGGAAAAUUGCAUACUGUCAAAGAAGAUGAGGAAGUUGCUGUAUGACAUAGUGCUGGCACUGAUAUUAUCCAUCAUCUUGUUUUGGACACUCGUGUAAAUGUGAUUGGAUUGUUUGAAAGAAGAUUUAAAAAUUUAAAGUUUCAAGGUUUUGUUUGGUUUUGUUUUGCACUUGGAGAAAAUAUUGAAAGCAGAAUAUGUUGGUUCUAGCCACCUGGAAAAAAAACUUAAGUAAAUGGUGUUAUAGAAUCUCUGAA